UCUUUCGAAGAUUUCUCGAAUCCAGAUGACCAAUCGGACACGACAUUUGAGUGGAGUUUGGAUGAUCCUCCAACUGUUGAGCUAGAAUAUCCCAACUCCAACGCCUGUGAAACCUUCAUGCUACUCGCCCCUAAGGACAAGGAUCACUACAACCCUAUCCUGUGCCUCGAACAGUCACUCCAUGUUAUUUACGAAUGCUAUUUGACCCCUUCACAACGCGACGUUCUUGGCACAAUUCCCUUCGAAUGCCGGAGCGAUCCCGAAGAGUCACCACCAUCCUCUCCGCCCCCACUCUCCCCACCUGCUCCAUUCUCAUCAUCCGCGGUCUCGCCAGAUUCGCCCCGCAGUGUCUGUUCUACGUUCUCUCUCGACGGUGCACCAGCACGAAUACGGGGUGCCGGCGAGUCCGAGCCCGAGCAGGCCUAUUUCCAUAGCUUAAACCCAACAGGGCGAAAUUACUUAUCCGAGUUGGGUCGGGCUCUCAAAAAGGGCCACGGUCCCCAGUUCAUAAAGGCGAUGGUCGAGAUCAAUCGAAUCCUUCGCGCGCUCAAGUACCCGCCAUUGCCUGCGGACCCCUUCGCUGAGGGUGCGCCGAUGGAGUGGGGGGAGGGCUGCGGGAUCCCCAGCAAGGUGAGCCUGCGCAUCCUGGAGGAGACAUACCAGCGGUGCGUCGGGCCUCACGUCAACAAGCUCAACCGGUCGUACGAUCCGUUCUCGUCGUCGGUGUACGGCGAGCUGAUGCCAUCCUUCACGACGGAUAUCAUUCGGGAGACGCGUCUGCGCCCGUCGAGCCUGUUCCUGGAUCUUGGGAGUGGGGUAGGCAAUGUGGUCCUGCAGGCGGCGCUUCAGGUCGGUUGCCGGGCGUACGGGAUCGAGAAGAUGGCAGCACCCUCUGCGUGUGCACGGAACCAGCUCGCGCAGGUCCAGAAGAGGUGCAGGAUGUGGGGGGUGAGCAUGGGAGAGGUGGAGCUGGAAGAGGGGGAUAUGCUGGCGAGUGCGCGGGUGACGGAUUUGCUACCCAAGGCGGAUGUGGUGUUGGUGAACAACAAGGUGUUUGCUCAGUCUCUCAACGAGGCGCUCAGACCUAAGUUCCUCGAUCUCAAAGAGGGUGCGAUAGUCGUGUCGCUGACGCCAUUUGUUCCGGUUAACGCACGCAUAACUGAGCGUAAUGUGGACGACAUCUCAGCGAUCUUCGACGUUCGCGAGCGACCAUACCAUUCGGGAAGCGUAUCAUGGGGCAGCGGCAGCGGAUCGUACUACAUCCACACGGUCGACCGAGAGGGCUACGCAGGGAUUCGACAGCGCUUCGAGAACUUCCGUGCACGACGGUCAGGUUCACGACACAGUUAG